UUAGCAAAUUAAACCUUAUUCCCUGCAGAUUUGCCGGUAAUCAAUUAUUGUUGACCAACUUUGUUAAACCUGCGAGAAGAAUUGGCUCGUCGACUCACACCGGCUCAGCUGAAGAGAAAUAGAAGCGAUACAUCUUCCCAUUCGGGAAAAAGCGGGCUGAAGGAUCGUUCAUUAUGCAGUGUCCUUAUUUUCAUUCACGUUUCAAUGGAUUGCGUAACAAGAAAACCGAGGGAAAACAUGUCGUGGAUUGUGCGGAGAGUGAUGUAUGUGUCAGUCCGCGUGGCGUGUGUCACGUGUCGCCGGCGUGGCGCGCAUGCGUGGCGUGACGUCACGCGGCCGGCGGCAGCGCGCGGCAGUCGGGAGCCACGCCGCGGGCCGCAGCCUCGCCACCGCCACCAAUGUCCCACGCGACACACGUAAACAACAAUAUAAACACGAGUGAUAUGCGCGCCCACGCUUUAUGAUACCACGGCUCUGACCACGACUGAUUUUUUCCCGGACAGUUUGAUGUAUUCCGUUUCAAAAGUUUGGUGUAUUAAGUUUAAAUUGUGUCGUACGGUAUUUCUGAAUUUGCAUCGGUUGCGGCGGGUCCGAGCUAAAUAGUUUCAGUUGGAUUUGGUGUAUAAAAGUAGAUAAUAUAUCGAUUGAAGACCGUGUCUUUUUAGUGCCAUUUUCUAAAGUAGUUUAUAAAAAUAAUAAUAAAGUUGAUAUCAUAAUAGUGAUAGCUAACAUUAAGCACUUUAGUCUUAUCGCCAGUACAAAGUUUAAUAUUUCGUUGCCUUCUCGCCUCUAACUAGAAGAUAAUAUAUUAAAAUAAUAUAUAAAGUUUCUAACGAAUAAAUAGCCAAGCUUACUAUAAGAAGAUACUAAGAAGUAUAUAAAGUAGUUCUAGUCGCGCUAGGAGUCUAGUAUAUACUAGACAUUUUUAUCAAAUCCAGAAGAAAUCAGACCAAAGGCCAAAAUGUCUCUAAUCUGUAGAGAGCCAAGCGGCCCCCUAAUGGCCGAGCCGAUACUCAGCCUGUAUAAAUCCCCUGUAUCAGGGUGCGCCUUUUUGACCUACUUCAGCCCUGAGAGUGCGUCGAGCGCGCAGACGGCGCUGCAUGAAAAACGGACGCUACCUGGGAUGAACCGGGCCAUACAAGUAAAGCCAGCGGACAGUGAAAAUAGAGGAGAUCGCAAGCUGUUCGUGGGCAUGCUGAGCAAGCAGCAGUCGGAGGAGGAUGUGCGCCAGCUGUUCACGCCCUUCGGCACGAUAGAGGAGUGCUCCAUCCUGCGCGGGCCCGACGGCGCGAGUAAAGGCUGCGCAUUCGUUAAGUUCAGCUCACACCAAGAAGCGCAAGCGGCCAUCACGAGCUUACACGGCAGUCAGACUAUGCCGGGAGCGUCCUCGAGCCUGGUGGUGAAGUUCGCGGACACGGAGAAGGAGCGGCAGCUGCGGCGGAUGCAGCAGAUGGCCGGCAACAUGAGCCUGCUCAACCCCUUCGUGUUCAACCAGUUCGGGGCCUACGGCACUUACGCGCAAGUCAUGUCUGAACAGCAGCAGGCGUCCCCCUCGCACAUCUCGCUGUCCCUGCAGCAGCAGCAGGCGGCGCUGAUGGUGGCGGCCACCACGCAGGGCUACAUCAGCCCCAUGACCGCCGCGCUCGCCUCGCAGUUGCCUCACGCGCUCAACGGCAUCGCCAACUCUGUUGUACCGCCUUCUUCAGAUAACUUCACCGGUCUCGCGAUAGGCACAGGCGGGGGGCAGCCUCUGAACGGGGCGCUCCCGUCUCUGCCGUCGCCGACGAUGCCCGGCUUCAACAUGGCCGCCCAAACCGCCAACGGGCAACCGCCACCGCAGGAGGCCGUCUAUACCAACGGCAUACAUCAGACUUUCACUGGCCCGGUCCCGGUAACAGCGCAAGGGCUCCCCAACGGCGAGGCAGCACUGCAGCACGCCGCCGCCUACCCCGGCAUGCAGCCGUUCCCCGGAGUCGCUUAUCCAGCGGUUUACGGGCAGUUUCCGCAGCCCAUUCCACCGCCGUUGUCGACCAUUGCGCCCUCGCACAGAGAUGACUUUCUUAUGUUUCCAGGCUGCUCUAUCUCAGGCCCCGAGGGGUGCAACCUGUUUAUCUACCACCUGCCGCAGGAGUUUGGUGACGCCGAGCUCAUGCAGAUGUUUCUGCCCUUCGGUAACGUCAUCAGCAGCAAGGUCUUCAUCGACCGCGCCACUAACCAGAGCAAAUGUUUCGGAUUCGUGUCAUUUGACAACCCAUCCUCGGCACAAGCGGCUAUUCAGGCCAUGAAUGGGUUUCAAAUUGGCAUGAAACGACUGAAGGUCCAACUGAAGCGGCCGAAAGACGCCAAUAGACCUUACUAACCCUGGACGAGCUCGCCGCGCGGCCAAAUGCGCCUCGUCAGGACCUGGAGCCACGUCUCCGUGGUGUACCUGCCGUGACGCGCUCCGCGCACCCCGCGCCCCGCCGCCCGCGCCAUCACUGCCUCACGCCUCUUCAACGCGUAUCGCCAUCUGCGCACAAAUAUACUAACCAACUAUUUAAUUUAAAUCCAACGGCUACCAACAUGGCGUCCUUACCUAACCUAUAAUGACGGGCGGACGGCUCGUCGAGUAUACUACAUUAGUUAAAAGUAAUUUAUUAAAAUCAAACGCGUAGGAAAGCUUCAUUCUUAUCAUUACUGAUUAAUCAUUAAAUUACUCUAUUAUAUUAUAUACAAUUUAUUAACUUUGAUUAAAUUAUUAUUAAAAAAUGACACGUUAUAAAAUUUUGUCAUUCGUAAUCAUACUUCUACUUCUAAGUACUUAACGUUUACUGAAACUUUAAACAUAAAUUUAUUAUACUAGUUAUUUGCUUGAACUAAGCCAAACUGAAUUUAUUAAGUAAGUUGAAGAUGUAAGGAAAGUAUUUUAAUUAUUGUAUAAUAUAUUGCAACAAAAUGUAGGUAUCAUCGUUGACAAUAUACUUGUAUCUGUAUUAUAAUUUGUUACAUUAGUGAAAUUCGACUGCCUGAAAGAUGCAUCGCGUGUGGUGUAGCCAAGGGUCAACGACGUUUAGCACAAAGCGGGUUGGAUUGAGUGUGGAACAGAGUGUCGCCUCCGCCUAGAGCGUCACCUGUUAUAGUUAACUUAAAUUUUCCUUAACGGUGUUGUUUGUAAAUAAUUAUUUAUUUUAUGAAUGUGGCAGAUACAGGUGUAAUGUCGGUGAACAAUCAAUGAUGAUCGCGAACACUGUUGCCUCCCUUCACAACUGGUACUUUGAGUGCUCUAAGUAUAGAUCAAUUAUGCAAAACUUAAACCUAUAUUUUGUUAUAGUAUUGUGUGUAUGUUAAGCUAAUUCGCUGGGUGUACCUGUGGACGGUAACUAAAAAUACCUACCUAAUACCAAAGUUAUAGUUGUAAAUAAACUGGAGGAGAAAGCAGACUUCGCAAUACAAUAAUAUUUUACUUUGAAUAAUAAAAGCUAGUUAUUAUUCUGUUUGAAAUGAAAAUCUUGGUAUUCUAUAACUUAGAUUUUUACAGGGCAAAAUAUAAUAAUUUAGCAAGUACCUACCUCGGCAAUAUUAUUAUGUUGACUGUUUAUUAAAUGUUGCGAAAUCUCACACUGCUUCAGUAUAAGAGUGCCAUUGGAAUUUGUUUGUAUGAUACAGUAGUUGUGCAAUUGUGCAGUCAUAGUAGAUAUUUAGUCCUAGGUACGCCCGAGCACCUACAAACAAAUGUAAUUGCUAUGUUGUUGAGAAAUUAUAAAUGUUUGUAUUUGAACAUUGUGUACAAAUGAAAGUGCACUUCAACAUAAGACCGUAAUAUCUUCGUUAAAUAGCCUACGUUUCGAAAGAUCGUGUUAAUUAUGUGUUGUAAAUUCCAAAUGGGCUGUGAUAUAAAGAGUAUAAUCAACAUAUUGACUGUACAGGCCGUUUGUCUUCGUAUUUAUGUGCUGCCUCCACUACCUGCGUCGUGACUGUGUCAAUUCGCGAGAGCUCGCUUCCUUUUUGUUUGAGCAACUUCUGUGUGUCGUAUAUAUUCUAUAUUACUAUUCGUAAAUAAGGUAUUAAGAUAUUAAAUUUGAGCUGUAACCGGGGAGUCAACAGUGAGAGAGCGGAAGCUGAACACUAUACAAACCUAGUGUAAUUUCUACAGACAAAAAUAGAUUCAUAAUCAAAAAAGGUACCAAUAUAAAAUAAUGAUACUGAGAUACCUUAGAUAUAAAAUGUUUGGGGCUGAGAGCCGCCGCGGUGGCUAGCGGUGGCGGCAGUGACCAGGCGGGCGCUCCUGUCGGGGUCACCAGUCUUGUGGGUGCCCCGCGCCCCCGCGCCCCGCGCCCCGCCCCCGCGCCCGUCUCCGCAGGCGACAGGCCUCUAGUCAAAUAUUAAAAUUCACCACGAGACAUAGAAUUUUAUAUUUACACAAAAUUAAUUAUAUUGAUAUAGUAUUCUAGACGUAAGUGUUUAUAAUUUAAAUAAUGUAUAAAAUAAUAGUAUAAACAUGAAGAUAUGUGUAUCGAAAAUCUUUUAAAAUCUAGAUAAGUUACCUAUAGUUCUUUUGUCUAAAUUCUACUUAACUAUUGUGCAAUAUGUUGUUAUGCUUUUUACUUAUUUUAUCGCAUUGUUUUUGACGCAUCAUUUCGAGUUAUUAUUUAUUUUUGUUACUUGAUAUUAUACUGUAAUUAAUUAGUAUUAUUUUGUUCAAACUCGUUCCAAAAUUUACUAUAGGGCCGGCCUUAAAAAUAUGUUAAUUAGUAAAAUUAAUCCUCCUAAUGGAAACAGAUGGGAUAUAUAAUGAAGUAAAGCUGCAUAAUAAAGCUAAGUUGUCGUGAAAUCGGCAACUGGCGACGUCGUCGACUGGGCUUGCCAGUUGCCACAUUUGGAACUUCACGUCAUGCAAAGCCCUAUUGGUAUACCGAGCGAGUGAUCAUUUUAUAAGUGGCUCGGGACUUCUCCUACCUCAGUACAUAACGAUAUGAUACCUAUAAGUCACAAGCUAACUUAAGACUCGAGCCAAAACUCAUGGGAAUGAGACUAGUCAUGAUCUCCUGCCAAAGUCAGAUAUUACCAGUCGGAUGGUGCGGCAGUAUAAAGCGCUUGAUGGAAGAAGCGGCGGACGGCGUCGCCUCACUAGGUUAUGAUCAAUCGAUGCCAAACCGGAAUACUUGUAUUUAGAAUAUCGACUAACGAUAAUAUCACCUCUUGCAUAAUGUAGGCAUAAUUCUACUCGGGCGCACCGCCAUACGGCCAACGCUCUCGGGUAACUAAUAUUGUAUGUAUAACUUUAUACUGAUUAAAAUUUAAAAAAACCCUAAAGAUAUAUCGCGGUAAUGCAAAACGUUUGUAAUAGAUUAAUGAAACCUCUCUGAAUGUAUAAAACAAUCGCCCAUAAAGUGAUUCUAGGAUACAGGGUAUGCUUUGCAAUUAUUUAAAUGUAUCUAAAUGUUUUCCAUGUAGGCAGGUAUUGCCGACUCUGACUAGACUGCGGUUAGUCGCGACGGCCCUCAGACACUCCCUCGGGUCCACUCCUAGUCUGUCUCGAUUUUGUACCUUCUUCUAUCGUAGUGUUACUAAGUAUCUCGACCUCAUCGUCACCUCAUUGAAGAUCUUCGCUACGCUAAAGGUUCACAGCGCUUCACUGUAGACCAACAUGUUUAUUUUCCGACCGCGGUAUCCUUCCCUGUUGCUAUUCAAACGGUCGGCGCGUUGCCACGCUUCAAGUUGAAACUUCUUCAUCAGACAAUACAAAUUAUAAUCCUAUGAAGCGUCAACACACGUCGCCGUGCCUAACAAAACUCAUUAGAAACACUAGUUCCUUCAAACAUUAAUCGUUUCAUUCUAAUCCUAUAGCUCGUAUAUAGAUAAAAUUUUAAAAAUACAUGAUCGAAUCGAUUGUAAAAAAAUAUACUUAUCAAUGACAUUAAUUUUGUAUGCGAAUUUAAAGGAGGUUUGUUCGGUGUGCGACUCGAAUGUCGGUUAAGCGUUAAGAUUGGCGGGUGACGUGGCCAUAUACACUCGCGAGGAAUAUUUAACACGCUUUUACUCUGGAAUUGCUAUUUGUUAAGAGGCCACUAGUCCUGUAUAAAUAUGAUCUCAACGGUGGCCGCUGUUGCAAGGCGGUGUAGUUGAAUACGCGUUGGCAGUCGACUGAGCUGUGUGUGGUUGCCUCACCCAGGCGUAGAGCAGUAGUCAGUAGAGCACUAACAACAGUCGAAGCUAGCUAGUAAGAUGAAUGCCAAUAUUUUAAUCAGAAACAAACUUUAGAUUUCGAAAUAAUUAAUCAUAUUAUAUCUAUUUAUAUUAUUGUAUAAAAUAUGGAGAGAGGCGCAUAGUGCUUUUAUGAAUCGUAGGUCCUAGUAAUGGAACAAAAAACAAUCUAGUCAUAUCUUUUUCUGUUAUUUUUUUUCUAUCGCUUAGCAUAGUUUAGCUUCAAGCACAAGUUGACGACUUGUUUUUAACCUUGUAUAAUUGAGGAUGUAUUCUUUCAAGCGCUUUUUUAUUAUGUUUUUUCUCAAAGUAGGCAACUUCUUGCGGUUGUUAGUAUAUUUCCUUUAACACUGAGAUACUUAUGUAGUGAUUAUGACAUUAUUUAAGAAGCGUGUUUACGUAUUCAGUAAGUUAUCCAGAAUACUGUUUUCCUCUAAUGUUUACAUAAUGUACUCGUACUAACCGAAUAUUAGUUGUAAUUUUAAAGUUUAAUUAGACAUAAUUUGACCGUAACCUACCUACAUAAUGUAUGCCAAACCUCACUGAACUUAUUAAAUCAAAAUUUAACAUUUUAGAUAACCUAAAUCUGAAAUAACCGUUAACGACUAAUUAAUUGUUAGUAAUCAUUUGUAUAGAAAAAAAUGUGUAAGGCGAAUAGUAUAAAAAGUAAAUUUAAAUCCGCCGUCCAUUAUCAUCACUAACCAAAUACAUAACUUUGGUCACGACACGAUCAUUUCAACUUUUGUCCAUAAAAAUACUUUGAAAAACUAUUCUAUCAGUAACCAAUUAGAUAUAAAAUAUGAUAUGUAUUAAAAUAAGUUUGCUUGGUCAACCGAAGAAUAAGUAUUAUAUUAUAAAACCAAUAAGUACCUUCAACAUACCUACAGCAGACUCUAUCAAAAAUAAAAUAAAAAAAUAUAGAGUUAAAAUAAUCUAUUGGUUGGCUGAGCAAAUGAGAAAGAGACCGUCAAAGGAGAACCUAUUUGAAGAAAUCGCUGAAUAACCAUAAGCCUAUUCGCUGCGAUAGCAACUUGGCCUUUGACAUCUCUCGCAGUGGGGGUGGAAACAAAUGAAACUUUGGCAGCACCAUCGAUAUGGCCCGGCCAAUCAGAUAACACCUAUACGGCUGUUGAACCAAUCAGAAGAAGGCUUAUAAUGCCAUAUCGCCAGUGACGCACUAGCUUUGCGGGUCUUUCCCCACUCGCACUGAGAUUGUAUUAUAUUACAUAGUUGCAUGAUAUUGACCGUGUACAUAAGUGAUGUCAUAUCUACUUUAGGAGCUUACUAGCCUUUCGACCCGACUCUGUUCGGAUGGGUGACAGGGUGUCGCUGUUUAUACUAAGUGGAUAUCAUAAUCAUACGGAAAUACUGGACUCAUUUACCACUUUGAAGCCAAAUGUUUCAGUUGUCGCAUUGUUCUGGAUAACUUAUAACCACAAAAAUGACCCUGAGUUGACUGUAAAAUUAGCAUUGAGAUACCUAAAUCAAGGUGUCUGUGAUAUACGCUUGUAAAAAUCGUCCAUUGAACCUACGUAUGUAUAAAAAUAUACUCUAUUGUGUAACACUUUAAAAACCAUUUUUGUUCAAUUGACGAUAGAGCACGAUGCCGUUAACUGGUUAUAUGAAAUAAAAUAUGUUGUUCCCUAAAAUAGAACCUAAAUGAAACCUAACAUUGCGCUCCUAAAUCAUAACAGUUUACUUUCACACCCACAAUAGCCCCGUUAUUAAUACAGGUUGUAUGAUAAGAUGUUUUUAAAACAUAAUAUAAAAUCACUUAACUCGUGUGAGUACACAUUUGGUUAUUCACGAAUGAUUAAGUGCACAAAAUGCAUGUUUUACCUUCAGUACAUUUGAUAGAUAGCCUAUUAAAAUAUUAUAUUCAUUGUAAAUUGUUAUGGUUAUUGAAACACUUUUUGAGCGGCGUCGCUAGGUUAAUACGUUAAUUUUAUUAAUUUAGUUACGUGGUAAGCUAUUGAUUAAACAGAUUCUUGUAAUAAAUUAUAAAAAUUAGCCAAAAAUGGACUGCGCUCAUAGUGAAACAAAAUGUUAGGGAACUAAAACAAUAAUUGAUUCGCCUACUUUGCAUGUGUCACUUCAGUUAUGAUUAUGAAUGUUUAACUCAUAUUAUCAAGUUAUUAUGUAUAUUGCUGAAAUAUUUCAAAACUAAAUUACUAUUCAAUUAUUUAUACACUUAUUACGUUUAGUAUGCUAGAUAUAUGAUGAAGGAUAAUAAAUAAUUUUAAUUAUA